CCUGCCCGCGCCACCUGUGGCGGCGGGUCCUUGAUCAGCGCGCCCCUCCCUCUUCCGUGUCAGCUGAACUAACGCAUCAAUGGAUCCAACGCAAAAGUCAAAUGCUUUGUGCCCGAAGCGCAAGCCUGUUGAUGAUUUCUUGCAGAAAAAAUCUAAGUCUGGUCGUGUUGAAAAGGAGAAUGCAUCUUCUAAGCCUGCUCACAGUUGCCACAGUCAACCUAAUCUGGCUAAUGAUUGCGUUAAUUACCUGAAAAGUGGAGUGCCAAGUCGUGUUGUGUUCUACAGACAAGGUUCUUGGUGUGAUUUUCCUGACAAAGUAGUGAAAUCUAUUGUUGAUGCAUUCAAAGAAGACAAAUCUAGUGUCGUUGUUGUGAUGGAUGACCAGCCUCUUCUGGUUGAUUUCUUAUCGAUGACCUUGGUGAACCUAAAUACAAGAAAACAACGAUCUGUCGCAUGGCUUGAUGGCACUAACAAGUGGUCUUUUCCGUCUUCAUUCUUUGAUGAGGAAGUUGAUGAAUCCACAAGACUAGGCACGGGUGUUGGUAAAGGUGGUGCACAAGGUGUUCUGGGCGGUAAUGUCAUGAAGCCUCCAUCUGAUGUUGCAAAACAAGUUAUGCUUGAAGCCAGCCCUCCAGUUUUACAGAAUUCUUCUGCUCUGAAUGUAUUGCGUAAGAAGAUUGUACAUGUUGAAAGAGGUAGCGAAAGCUUUAUGUUUGUUCAGAAUCUGUUCCUCUCUGGUAUGGGUUCAUUUGCAGUGCCUAACAACAUUCUUCAUAUUCAUCGGUACUCCCCAAAGGAUAUCACUGCACAGUGUAGACUUGAAGCUUUCGAAAGACAGAUGAGGUUGACAGGACAGAAAUCUGGCACUGCAAUUGCUAGAUAUGGAUGGCUUGGAUCUGGAAAGCAAGACAUCGUCAGUGUUAUAACUAAUGGUCUUCUUAGCACUGAAAAGAUCACUCAUGAGACUGAAAUUGGCGCUGGCAUUUAUCUGUCACCCGAAAACCGUGCCUUCACCAGUGUGGGCUUUUGUGAUGUUGACGAAAAAGGGGUACAGUAUAUGCUGCUGUGCCGAGCCAUAUUGGGCAACACAGGAGUUAUCAAACCAGGUUCACAGGAGGAGUUUCUACGCAUUUAUGAUUCGGGCGUUGAUAAUUGCUCAAACCCAAACUAUUAUGUAAUGUGGCCAUCACAUCUAGGAACUCAUAUUUCUUUGGAAUAUCUUAUAAGUUUCAGGCUUGCUCCAAAAGUUCAAGAGUAUUUUCUUAGCUUGAAGGGUUUGUGGUUGCGCCCACCUCCAAAAGAAGUGAAAGUCGAUCUUUCUAUUCUUCAACCUGUACUGUGCCGAACUAAUGAAGGGCCAACCUCUCCAUGGAUCUCAUUCAGAGUUCUCUUUGAAGCAAUUCAAGACAGUAUAUCGUGUUUAGCAAGGGAAUUGCUCUACCGCCACUAUGAGGAGUUGAAGGAAAAUAAGAUUACUCGUGAUGAAAUGGUCAAGAGAAUGAUGAUAAUAGUUGGAGAGGAAUUACUUCUGGAUACCUUGACGAAACUGAAGUACAGCCCAUCACUAUGGUACAACUCUUCUGAAAAAAUGGUCAGUUCUCCUACAAGUAGAACACCGGAAUCUGUCUCCAUUUGGACAAGAAAUAUGGAUGUUGAGUCUGCAACUCCUAGUCAUGAUGGUCCAGUAAAUUCCACAUUUGGACGUUCUCAUGUGACAAAUGCAGCUCUCAAAGGACAGCAUUCCCCCACCCUAAGUAUUUGUUCUGAAAGCUCUUCACCCCAAUGUACUAACAGCCAAGAUCCUCUUGCACCAGUAGAGGCACCUCUAGGUCGUGAUGCCCUAGUAAGGAGUGUGUUGCGCGGUGUUAAUGUCUGGGAUGCUGCUGGACCAAGAAUGAAAUAUAAUGGUCAUGAUCUCCUCUCACAAAGUUCUUCUAGAGGCCAUGACUCUGACGUAUCAAGACCAACACAUGGAAACUCCUCAUCUCCCAGUAUGGAAGGCCUACAUUCUGUUGUGCCAAGUAUGACAACUGAAGCCCAGGGAUCCCUUGUGCCCAGUAGGGAACACAGAUACUCAUCAUCGACAGAUGCUCAGGGCAUUGUUGCUGCAACUCCAGGCGUAGUGUGUCAAGCCCCUCAGUUAUCUGCAGCAAAAAGUAUGGAGCCUGAAAUCAGUGCACCAAGAAGUAUGGCACCUUAUCUCUCUCCGCCAAGAAGUAUGGCGCAUCACCUCCGCGGUAAGGCAUUUCGUGAGCUCGGUGCACCAAGAAGUAUGGCAGCACCA